UAUCAGGAAACAGAGAGUGAAACUUACUGACACUUUGUUGUCUAGAGGAGAAAUGGCGCAGCAAGUGAUUCUGGAUCGAGAAAACCUGAGCUGUUCAAUCUGUCUGGAUCUUCUAAAGGAUCCGGUGACUAUUCCCUGUGGGCACAGCUACUGCAUGAGCUGUAUUAAAGAGUGCUGGGAUGAGGAGCAAGAGAAGAAGAAUACAAACAGCUGCCCUCAGUGCAGGCAGAGCUUCACACCAAGGCCUGUCCUGGUGAAAAGUACCAUGUUAGCAGAGUUUAUGGAGAAACUGAAGAAAGUUGGACUUCAAGCUGCUUCACCUGAUCAUUCCUAUGCAGGACCUGAAGAUGUGGCCUGUGAUUUCUGCUCUGGGAUGAAGCUGAAAGCCUUCAAGUCCUGUCUGAUGUGUAUGGCUUCUUUCUGCGAGCAGCACCUGCAGCCUCACUACAAUGUGGCUCCAUUAAAGAAACACAAGCUGGUUGAAGCCACUUUAAAGCUUCAGGAGAACAUCUGCUCUCGCCACGACGAGGUGAUGAAGAUCUUCUGCCGCACUGAUCAGCAGGGCAUCUGUUAUCUCUGCUCCAUGGACGAUCAUAAAGGCCAUGACAUCGUCUCUGCUGCAGCAGAGAGGGCUGAGAGGCAGACGCAGCUCGGGGUGAGUCGCCAAAACAUCCAACAGAGAGUCCAGGACAGAGAGAGAGAUAUCGAGCAGCUUCAGCAGAGGGUGGAGGCAUUCAAUCUUUCUGCUGAUGAAGCUGUGAGGGACAGUGAGAAGAUCUUCACUGAGCUGAUCCGUCUCAUCGAGAAAAGAAGAUCUGAAGUGAAGCAGCAGAUCAGAUCCCAACAGAAAACUAAAGUGAGUCAAGCCAAAGAGCUGGAGGAGAAGCUGCAGCAGGAGAUCACUGAGCUGCAGAGGAAAGACACGGAGCUGGAGAAGCUCUCACACACAGAGGAUCACCUGCAUUUCCUAAACAACUAUUCCUCACUGUCUCACCUGAGUGAGUCUGAAGACGUACCCAGCAUUGAUAUCACUCUGAGCUCUUUUAAAGAUGUGACAGCGGCAGUGUCAGAGGUCAGAGAUAAACUGCAGGCUGUUCUGAGUGAGGAGUGGGCAAAGAUCUCAGUGGCAGCGACUCAAGUGGAAGUUUUACUGCCCACAACCAGAGCUGAAUUCAUGAGA